UUUCAUAAUUAAAAAGAAAUCUGAUUUCUUAUGAUUACCAAACUAUCCAAAAUUGUGGCCGAAUUUAGAUGUAGGCCGGGAAUGAAGACAUGUACAUUAUGGUAAAUUCGCGUAUUGCGUCGUAGCAGAGGGGUUUUCUCAAAUUUCGCUUUCGUAUAAAUAACGCAUGAUUUCCUUUCCCCAAUAACAUUGCUGCGCUUUCUGCUUUUGGUUUUCUUCAAUCGGGAAAACUCGACCACCAUUUCCGGAGGAGCCGCCGUUGAACCGCCGCCCAUGGCUUUCUCCUCCGACCGUCAGUCUCUUAUCCCAUCCUUCCUCUACAGCUCCUCUUUCACCUCCAAACCCCUAAAUCUCCACAAAAUGGCCUCGCAUUCCAGUUCGCCGGCGGCGGCUGCUUCCGCUCCUAGCGGCGGAUUCAUGAUUCAGGCGCCGAACGAGCCUGGAAAGAUCGAGAUGUACUCUUCUCAGUUCUACGCCGCCUGUACGGUUGGUGGAAUACUCAGCUGCGGUCUUACUCACAUGGCCGUCACUCCUCUUGAUCUAGUCAAAUGUAAUAUGCAGAUUGAUCCUGCCAAGUACAAGAGCAUCUCAUCAGGUUUUGGAGUGCUACUAAAGGAGCAGGGAGCUAGAGGUUUCUUCAGGGGCUGGGUACCUACUCUGCUAGGUUACAGCGCUCAGGGUGCCUGCAAGUUUGGAUUCUAUGAAUUCUUUAAGAAGUACUAUUCUGACCUUGCUGGACCAGAAAAUGCGGCUAAGUACAAGACUUUAAUCUAUCUUGCCGGCUCUGCAUCUGCUGAGUUGAUUGCUGAUGUUGCUCUUUGCCCUAUGGAAGCUGUGAAGGUUCGGGUUCAGACUCAGCCUGGAUUUGCUAGGGGUUUGUCUGAUGGACUUCCCAAGUUUGUGAGAUCUGAAGGAGCUCUUGGACUGUACAAGGGCCUGGUUCCUCUCUGGGGACGUCAAAUUCCAUAUACAAUGAUGAAGUUUGCAUCCUUCGAGACUAUUGUGGAGAUGAUCUACAAGCAUGCUAUCCCCACACCUAAAAACGAAUGCAGCAAGCCCCUCCAGCUUGGUGUGAGUUUUGGUGGUGGAUACGUAGCUGGUGUAUUAUGUGCCAUUGUAUCACAUCCAGCUGACAACCUGGUCUCUUUCCUCAACAAUGCCAAGGGUGCUACUGUUGGUGAUGCUGUAAAGAAGCUAGGGCUGUGGGGUCUAUUCACUCGGGGACUUCCUCUACGUAUUGUCAUGAUUGGAACUCUAACCGGAGCCCAGUGGGGUAUCUAUGAUGCUUUCAAAGUUUUUGUUGGCCUGCCAACAACUGGUGGGGCUGCUCCUGCAGCUGAACCUGCUAAACAGUAGAGCAAGUUGCAGAAUUUUAUCGAAAAUCAAACUUUGAUGGACCUUCUCCAAAGGGGCAAUAAAUGUAGAAGCAGAUGUUUUGCUAGCCUAACAGAUGGAGAGUAUUCUUUCCGGUUUCUUGAACUUUCAACAGCUUCUUUUUGUUUUUUUAAUGCUUUUGGCUGAUUUGGUUUUGAAGAGUUGAGUACUCCGCAUAUUUGCAAACAUGUAGACUAGAUGCCGAUAUAGGAUUGUGAAAAGUGCCUACCUACAAAAUUUAAAUAAUGGGCAAAUGUAUGGAGGUUCAAACUUAGCCACUGCAACCUACUUUUUUUCCUCAGACAAAUGGCUGGUUGCAUGAGAAGAUCAAUUAUUUUCAUAUCA